AUGAAGAAAAGGCCUUUCUCAGUCGUCUGUGAUGCUCAUCUCCGCCACAAAUCAGGCGCAGGAGGUACUGCUACUUGUACUGCUACUCUUUCAUUUCUUUCUCCAAGAAACUCCACCCUUAUUCAAAACACACAAUCAGCUUCUAGUUCUGCUGCUUCUCAUGCCUAUAGUACUGGUAGUACAAUUAGUAAUCAUCACCCUAAAUCUGACAGUAGUGUUCGUUCCGGGUCUUGGGGAUUGAGGAGUAAUAUCGAUAGUAUCAGCAAUCUUGAUGAAGCUCUGGGCUUUUACAAGCAGAUGGCUCGGAUGAGACCUCUGCCUAGUGUUGCUCAUUUCAAUAGACUGCUGGGUCGUAUUGUUAAGAUGAAGCAAUAUUUGAUAACAAUGUACAACAUCGUCCUUGAUGGAUUGUGCAAAUGUGGGAAGCUUGACAGCGCCCGGCAUCUUUUCUAUAGUCUCUCUUCUAAAGGAUUGGAUCCUAAUGUUACAACUUAUAACACGGCUGGUGAAUUUAAUGAUGCAGUGGUUUAUUUUGAUGAAAUGGAUAGGAGAGGAUUCUCACUUCAUUUGUCUACUUUUUCGUUUUUACUAGAUUCAUACAGAGAUAGUGGAAAUGAUCCCUCUAUUUUUAAGAUAAUUGAGAAGUUUGCUCCAAAAAUGUGUAGAGUCUAA